AUGACCUCCAAUACAGCCGCCUGGCAAACCACCGCCAAAACCAAACGCUUCCACCUCAAACCCGCCCCCUACACCCAUCCCGGCCCCAACGAGCUUGUCGUCCGCUCCGCCGCCUGGGCCAUCAACCCCGUCGACUGGCUGCAGCAGGACUUUGGCUACUUCCCCCUCGACUACCCCACCAUCCUGGGCGAGGAUGUCGCCGGCGAGGUCGUCGACGUGAACGCCGCGCCCGCCCACUCGUUCCGCCCCGGCCAGCGCGUGCUCGGGUACGCGCUCUCCCUGGCCACGGGGAGACCGGCCGAUGGCGCGUUCCAGGAGUAUGUCGUCCUGCAGGCCAACAUGGCGGCGCGCAUCCCGGACUCGUUGUCCUUUGACCGCGCGGUCGUGCUGCCGCUGGGUCUGGCUACCGCCGCCGCGGGCCUCUUCCAGAAGGGCUUCCUCGAGUUGCAGUACCCCGCGCUGGACCUCGACCCGAAACCGACAGGCCAGACGCUGCUCGUCUGGGGCGGAGCGUCCAGCGUUGGCAGCAACGCCAUCCAACUCGCCGUCGCGGCGGGCUACGAGGUGAUCACGACGGCGUCGCCCAGGAACUUCGCCUACGUGAAGAACCUCGGCGCCAGCCAGGCGUUCGACUACAGCAGUGCCAGCGUGGCGGACGAGCUGGUCCAGGCGCUAGAGGGCAAGACGCUAGCCGGGGUACUCGACACGGUCAACCGCAACGGCGCGAUCCAGCACUGUCUCGACGUCGCGAGCAGAUCGCACGGCAAGAAGGCCGUCGCGUCCGUUCUCCAGCCGCCCGCGAAGCUGCCCCAGGGGGUGACGGCAAAGUACAUCCUGGCGUACACCAUCAAGGACAACGAGACAAGCAGGGUGAUCUUUAACGAGUUCCUGCCAAAAGCCUUGGCGGAGGGCAAGUAUCAGGCCGCGCCGGAGCCGUAUGUCGUUGGGAAGGGGUUGGAAGCGCUGCAGGCGGGGCUGGAGGCGCGGAAAAAGGGCGUUUCGGCGCAGAAGAUCGUCGUGACGGCGUAG